UACGAAGACAUUUUAUUAAUUGAUUCAUUAAAACGAAUGAUGGUCAAAUUACAAUUAUUUUUUUUGUUACAAUUAUUAUAUGUAUUAUCUGUGUCUCAAAAAACGUAUUUAGAUUCACCGGCAAAUCUGGAAAGAUAUCGAUUAUUUCGUAAUUGGAUUACUCGAAGUAUUGCUAAAAAUGAAAGAGUUCGGGCACAGCAUGAAGGAAAACUUCAACAAGAAAUUCCGGAAGAUAUUCCAUUUCCUUGUAACGUGACAGAUGGUAAAUCUCCUAUUGUCCCUGAUUCAGUUCAUCGUUUAAGACCAGGAGAUAUAGACGUUAUUGCUGCGAUGGGUGAUUCCUUGACAGCUGGAAUUGGAAUUUUUGCGACUAAUUCUUCUGAGCCAGCUUCGCAAUUAAAUGUCGCUGAAAUUUCUGCAAUGUCUAGAGAUAUGCCUUUUAUGGCUAAAUAUUUAAUCACUAGAAUGAAACGUGAUACAAGAAUAGAUAUAAAGAAGCAUUGGAAGUUCCUUUCAUUGUUCAUAGGAGCCAAUGAUUUUUGUUCCCAAAUGUGUGUACCUUCUUCUCCGUGGUCUAUUUUAGAAAAGCACAGAAUUGAUUUAAUCAAUACUUUUCGAAUAUUAAGAGAUAAUUUACCACGUACUUUGAUAUCACUUAUAAUAGUGCCCAAUUUAAAAGAAUACGUUAUUACAAGCAAAAAAAGAAAUUUAUUGAGGUGCUAUAUAGUCACUACUAUCGCAUGCUCGUGCUUAUUUGGUUUACAAUUCCAAGAUCAGAGACAGGAAUAUUAUGAAGUAAUGAGCAGAUGGCAAAAAUUGCAAGAGGAAGUUGCCAAUUAUCCAGAAUUUAAUAGAAAAGACUUUACUAUUAUUGUUUCACCAGGCAUUAGUAAUAUUAAAAUUACACUUCCCGAAGGCGAAUCCAGUGAUCUACCGUAUUUUUCUGCUGAUUGUUUUCAUAUAAGUCAAAAAACACAUGCAAUCUUUGCGAAUGCUUUAUGGAAUAAUUUAUUACAACCAAUUGGAAACAAAACUACUACUUUACUUCCAGUAUUUAAAACAUUUUUAUGUCCUACUUUCAAAAGACCAUAUCUAGUAACACGUGAAAAUUCUCAGAUAUAA